GGUCCGUGAACCGGAAACAAACUGCACUUACUUCCUGUUUCCGUCAACACACGUGUGUAUUUGUGUGAAGAGAAAACUGCAGAGAAGCUCCACAGAACCUGUUUAGAACUCGUUUAGACCUUUAGACCUUUAGACACAGUUCCGGUCUACAGUCUGUCCACAGCCCGGUGAUCUGGUACCGCUGUGUGGUCUGCCAUGUUGGAACAACUGGGUCUGAUCGGGACGAUCCUGGACGAGGAUCAGAGCCCGGCGGAGCCCGACACCGAGUCCGACCAGGAGGAGGAGCAGAUCAUCCUGAACAGGAAGAAGAAGUUCAAGAGUUCUGGGUCGAGAGACUUUAACACUGACUUUGAGUUUGGAGAGAGAGACAGCCUGAACCAUGAUGAGGACUGGGUCAUGGCCGAUGUCCUAAAGCAGCUCAAGAACAAGAGAACUAUAACGACUCUAGACCAGAAAAUAGAGAAAAUCAGAAAAAAGAGGAAAGCAGAGGAGAAAUUAGUUCAGAGUGACGCUGCUGAAGGUUCUGCUGGGAAAAACCAGGAGGAGGAGGAUGAAGAGCAGGAUGUUAAGCCUGCUGCAGGAGAGGCUGAUGGAGAUGAGGAGGAGGAGGAGGGGGAAGAGGACGAUGAAGAUGAGUUUGACUCGAGUGAUGAGGAGAUUCUGACCAAAUCAGACAUCCUGAGAGAGAGAGACCAACGGGGGAGGAAGAGGAAGGCAGGAGAGGAGGCUGCGGAGUCUUUCUAUGAAGAUGCGUCUCAGUACGAUGAUCAGCUGACCUUUGAUGAUAUGAACCUGUCCAGACCCAUCCUAAAGGCCAUCACAGCUCUGGGCUUCAAACAGCCGACUCCCAUCCAGAAGGCCUGUGUUCCUGUCGGCAUGCUGGGCAGAGACCUCUGUGCCUGCGCUGCUACUGGGACAGGGAAGACGGCAGCCUUCAUGCUGCCGGUGUUGGAGCGUUUGGUUUAUAAGCCAAAGAUGUCCCAGGUGACCAGGGUCUUGGUUCUAGUUCCUACCAGGGAGUUGGGGAUCCAGGUUCACUCUGUGGCCCGUCAGCUCGCCCAGUUCACCUCCAUCACCACCUGCCUGGCUGUUGGUGGGUUGGACCUGAAGUCUCAGGAGACAGCUUUGAGGGCGGGGCCAGACAUCCUGAUUGCUACACCUGGUCGGCUAAUCGAUCACCUCCACAACACGCCAAGCUUCGAGCUCACUCAGAUUGAGAUCUUGAUCCUGGAUGAGGCUGACAGGAUGUUGGAUGAGUACUUUGAGGAACAGAUGAAGGAGAUCAUCAGGUUGUGUUCUUACAACAGACAGACCAUGUUGUUCUCUGCCACAAUGACAGACGAGGUUAAGGACCUAGCGGCAGUUUCGUUGAAGCAGCCAAUCAGGAUCUUCGUUAACAGUAACACUGACGUGGCUCCGUUCCUGCGACAAGAGUUUGUCAGAAUCCGACCGAACAGAGAGGGAGACAGAGAGGCUGUGGUGGCUGCUCUGCUGACUCGGACGUUCCAGGAUCACGUGAUGUUGUUCACUCAGACAAGGAAACAGGCUCACAGACUUCACAUCCUGCUGGGUCUGAUCGGACUGAAGGUCGGAGAACUCCACGGAGAACUGAGCCAAAACCAGAGACUGGAGAACCUCAGGCGUUUUAAAGAUGAACAGAUUGAUAUCUUGGUGGCGACAGAUGUAGCAGCCAGAGGUCUGGACAUCGACGGAGUCAAAACAGUGAUAAACUUCACCAUGCCGUCCACAGUCAAACAUUACGUCCACCGUGUUGGCCGGACGGCGAGAGCCGGUCGUUCAGGACGUUCAGUGUCUCUGGUUGGAGAGUCUGAGAGGAAAAUACUGAAGGAGGUGGUGAAGUCUGCCAAGAACAGCGUGAAGGCUCGAGUCCUGCCGCCAGAGGUCAUCCUGAAGUUUAGAGAUCUUAUCUCUAAACUAGAGAAAGACGUCGACGCUGUGAUGAAGCUGGAGAGAGAGGAGAGAGAGCUGGCUGCAUCUGAGGCCAAGUUGAGCGUGGCGCAGAAGCGUCUUGAUGGCUCCGCCUCUUCAUGUCAAUCACAGAGAGUCUGGUUUCAAACUCAACAGGAGAGAAAACAGAGUCGCAUGUCGAAGGCUCUGCAGGAGUUUGAUCUCGCUCUGAGAGGGAAGAAGAAGAGAGAAAAGUUCCUGAAGGACAGCAGAAAGAAGGAGCUGACAUCUGAGGAGCGCGCUCAGUUCGAGAUCUUGAAGGCUCAGAUGUUUGCUGAGCGGUCGGCCAAGAGAGAAAGACGACCAAAGAGAGCAAGAGCGAUGCCCGAGGACGAGAUGCUGACUAAAGCAGCCAAUCAGAAAGCAGAAAAAGGAGGCAAGAAGUCAGUGUUUGAUAAAGAGCUGACAAACACCAGCAGCAAGGCUCUGAAACACUACAGAGCUGGACCAUCCUUUGCUGACAGGAAACGGCUCGGUUUGGACAGGAAGGGUCCUGGCGGCUCCCGGUUCAAGAAGAAGAAGGGACAGCCAAGAUAGCCGCCUGGAUCAGCAGUCCUCUCCUGCAUGAAUUUGUCAUGUUGUCUCUGUUUAAACUGUCUAAAUCUUUUCCAGUUGUGUUCAUUAAAGAACUUUUAAAUAAA